UCUUUCUAAACAUAACAAGGGAUAAACUGAAUCGUGAGAAUGGUGUUGAACUUCCAAUCGUGUUUAUUCGAACAUCUUGACAUUAUGCAUUACAGUAGAGAGGAAGAGGCCAGUCGACCAUCAAGGUAGACGAUUCAAUGCCCAACCUCGAUAGCCAAUCAACCCUCUUCCCCCUUCAAUCCCAUGUUCAUCCCUCUUGUCAAUAAUCCCACAUUAUCCUUCUUCUUCUUUCGAAGCUAACCCAAACACCACAUAUGAUAUCCUCUAACAAUCAAAUGUAUAUCGAAAACAUCAGAGCAGUCAACCCGAGCGCACAGCUGUGCUUCGGUGCUGCUCCUUGUAUCCUCCUAAUGAAUCAAAACCUUUCAUCAUUAAAUCCUCCUUUUGGUACCGUCGUGGUUCCUCAGCUUUCUCGUACAUGUACAUGUCCUUCUCAUCCGUUCCAGCUCUCGUCGCCUUUGUAUGCAUGUCGUGAGAAUGAUGAUGAAGAAAAGAAGGAGGAAGAAAUAAAGACACAGGUCGAAGCGAAUGACGAUGAAGGGUAUCGAAAACCAGAAACCAGAAAGACUCCUAGUAAAAACAUGUCGAUAAAGAUGCACAGGAAAUGCCAGAAUCGUGAGGAUGAGCUUGGUGAAAUAAUCCAGGUGCAAACCCUGCAUGGCGGAGUCGAAGAGAAAGCGCUGAACACGCCACAUGGUCUCGGAGAUGUUGUCAAAAAACAGAAGCCGAGAUAUACAUCCAUGAGGCUUUUACGCUGCGCAUAUGCGUUGACUUCGUGAGGGAGAAAUGUUGUUGCUGCCACCCAAGUCUCG